GAGCCGACCCACCGAUAAAGGGUCAAGAAAACCCAGGAAGAGGGAGAGAGAGUGCUGGAAGGAUCUAUGAACAAUAGAGAAAGAGACAAUAGAGAUUGGCUGGAUUUAUCGUGUAUGAACUGGAUUGUUUUGUACUUACCUGUUGGUGUUUGGACCUGGACCUACCGAGAACCCGAUUCGUGUACUGAACCCUGCUAUCCUUGACCUCGCCUACGGCCUGGGUGGACCAGGAUGGAGAAACAAACACACAGGGUCCUCCUGGUCUUCAGGGUGACAAGGGGGAUCAAGGCGACCAAGGACCGCGGAUGGUCUUCCCUAAGAUCAAUCAUGGCUUUCUUUCUGCUGACCAGCAGCUCAUAAAGCGGCGGCUUAUUAAGGGAGAUCAGGGUUCGGCAGGUCCACCAGGGCCUCCUGGACCCCCAGGUCCCCCUGGCCCCCGAGGGCCACCAGGGGACACAGGCAAGGAUGGGCCCCGGGGAGUGCCAGGUCUGCCGGGAGAUCCUGGGACCCCAGGAGAGCUAGGACUAAUGGGACCUGAGGGGCCACCAGGACAAAAGGGUUCCCUCGGGCCUCCUGGCAUCCCAGGUGUUGAUGGGCUAAAGGGUGAAAUGGGAGAGCGAGGUGAAAAGGGUGACAUGGGAGAAGAUGGGCAAAAAGGUGAAGUCGGGGAGAAGGGUGAUGCAGGCUCCUCUGCUGCAGGCAUUAAGGGUGAACCAGGAGAGUCAGGACGUGGGGGAUCAAAGGGAGAGCCAGGACUUCCAGGGCUGCCUGGACUUCCCGGGAUUAAGGGUGAGCCUGGAUUCCUAGGACCUCAGGGAGAACCAGGGCUCCCAGGACUACCGGGAACCAAGGGCGAGCGAGGGGAACUUGGCCCACCAGGCAAGGGAGAGCGGGGCGAGCCUGGACAGGCCGGUCAAAAGGGGGGGCCAGGAGAGGCAGGGAACCCAGGCCCUAGAGGUUCAAAGGGAGAGACAGGAGACAAGGGAGACCUGGGCUCUAUGGGACCAUGGGGACCCCCUGGGCAGAAAGGUGACCAAGGAGCCACUGAAAUCAUUGAUUACAACGGGAACAUCCAAGAAGCUUUACAGAAGAUUACCACUAUUACAGUGACGGGUCCCCCUGGGCCUCCUGGACUAUCAGGACCAGCGGGAAUCAAGGGAGAUCAAGGCAUGCCUGGCCUCCCUGGACUGGACGGUGAAAGGGGUUUCAAAGGUUCCAAAGGAGACAUGGGAAUCCCUGGCACAUCUGGAGAUAAAGGAACUGUUGGGUUACCUGGUUUACCAGGUGUCAAUGGAUUGAAAGGAGAUAAGGGUGAUUCUGGUCUGCCUGGUCCCGAAGGGCCCUCAAUUAUUGGCCAACCUGGAGCACCUGGGCCCCAUGGCUCCCCAGGCCCCAUGGGACCCCAUGGCUUUCCUGGACCAAAGGGGGAGGCUGGGAAUCAUGGUCUGAAGGGAGUACGCGGGGAGUCAGGGCACAAGGGAGACAGAGGACCCCUGGGUCUCCCCGGAGCCUCCGGCUUGGACAGCAAGCCUGGAAUUAGGGGUAUGGACGGGCCUGUUGGUUCCUCCGGUCCAGCCGGGCCAAAGGGGGACAGAGGUGAGAGAGGAGCUGCAGGUGAACUCGGGCCAAGGGGACCUUAUGGACUUCCUGGAGCGGCUGGAACACCUGGCCUUGAUGGGUUGCCAGGCUUAAGGGGAGAGAAAGGCGACCCGGGGGAAAGAGGAGAAAAGGGGGAGAAGGGAAAGAAGGGGAAAAAAGGGCCUAAGGGGGAGAAAGGAGAACAGGGUGCCCCUGGAUUAGAUGCACCCUGCCCAUUGGGCCCAGACGGACUACCAAUGCCUGGUUGUUGGCAAAAGUGAUCAAUCUAACCCGAAAGCAUGGUUUGUAAAAAAAAAUAAAACAAAUAAAUGUUGUUGGGGUAUUUAUAAUUAUUUUUAAUGGAAAAUAUAAAAUAAAGAAUUCUAUGUGUACAAUGAAAAAGAGCAAAGGUCCAUCACUCCUAGCUGCUUCUACUCACCUCGCUCUGUGUCACUCUCACAUCCGCAUCUUGGAGUCCAGAUCUUUGGCAAUCGGCAGAACUUGCACACACACAAUGAUGUUUAGUCCCAGUCCUUGCAUGACCAGCGUGCUCGGGCACAGAUUGGAACGUCAUGGCUAAUUCGGAUUCAAGGGGAGUAAGGAGGUUGUGACAACAGAGGAUGAGGAGAAGGAGGCGUUGGAGGGAUCUGAACUGGCUCUUAACAGCUCUAGCUCUCACCAUCCAUUGAUGCCAUACUACUAGCUUAAAAGAUUCCAUCCCAACAAAACACCCUCCACACGCCCCAAAAGCAUGAUGACUGUCCUAAACUAUAUUUAUAUGUAUUAAUAUACAUAUUUCAUUGAUGUGGUCGAAUUGUAUGGCUUCAGCAAAACACUAUCUGGCUGUCAAUCUUACCUACUCAAAAAAGAAAGCUCAACAUUUUUGGUUUUAUUUGUUCCUUUUUCUUUUAAUGUUCCAAAGGGAGUCACGCCUUGGCUGGUGGCUUGAAAAGAAUUGUUCCCCAGGAAGUAAAGUUGGGUUGAUUUUCUUUAUUGUGGUGAGAUCUGCAAUGGGUCAAUAGAUGCAGGUCUUCACAGAUGCACUUGUCUUGAGUCCCAGGGCCCUUUCCCUGUCAACGGCCACUUGUUAUUGAACUUGGAGAAGAGAAUUAGAGCUCAAUGCACUGUGCACAGCCAAUCGGAAAUGAGCUAGGCUGACAAGGACUUCGGAUUGAACAGACUUGUUUGGGAUCCCUUGGAGUAGGGGAGACAGUGGGCCUCGGCAGAGAGAUUACAAUCAUCUCUCCUGCCAAUCAAGGAGUGCCUGCCUGUAACAAUGUUACAGUCACAACACUACAAGGUCAAGAGGGUCAAUGGAAUUCUGCCUUUUUAGUUGAAGUUUGUUUUUCUACUUACUUAAAAAAAAAGUUUUAUGUAUAAUAGCCUUUGGUGCCUCAAGCUUUUGUUCAUUCCUUUCCUUUUUAACCUGCUUUGAGUAAUUGGAAUGGUGUUUAUUGCGGAAUGGCAACCUCUUGUAAAUUGUUGAAGUAUAAAAGCACCUAUUUUGCGCACUGUUAGUAUGUAUUAAACGUUGAUAUUACUGGGUGUUAAUAAUAUGGCAUGUACAUUAUGUAUUCAAAUGAACAUAAGCUUCUGUGUAACAGAAAGGGAAUUUCAGUUGGUAGCAAAGAUGAUUACACAGCAUCAGCUUUUACACUGAUUUGCAAACACCAAGUUUUAUAAUAUUAUAAUAACACUUGUUCAUUGCUGGCCAUUAAGUGUAAAAUACAGUCGGUGAGUUACAAUGUGCUUCACUGCAAGUUUAUUGUAUCUUUACAUUUAAAUGCAGUGUUUAUUUUCAGCAAUAUGUGUGCAACAAUAAGAUUUUUGAACAUUAUGACCUGGUAAUUCAGUAUGGUACAUUUGCAGGUAAUAAUGCCUUUCGGAAAAAUGUAUCAUUUUUUACUAGAUAAUUAUUGUUUUUUCCAAAUGUCAAACGGCAGUUUGCCUCAACUGGAUCAUGUCUCUACCACAUGCAGCAUUCUUCCUUUUCUCUCUCUCUAUAUAUAUAUAUUUUUUUUACACAAUGUAAAUGGUGUAUUACAUGGACAGGCUCAAUAGGUAACACAUUUCAGUUGAAUGGCCCUGCUUCCAUUUGUAACCCAUAAUUGUAUUCAUUGCCAUUUACAUCACAUUCCAUAGCAAUUUGGAAAGAAAAUUUGGAACAGUUAUUGUAUGAUUAGGAAUCAAUUAGUACAAUAUGUGCCGGUUUCCCAGACACAGAUUAAGCCUACUCCUGGACUAAAAAGCAUUUUCGAUGGAGAAUCUCUAUUGAGCAUACUUUUUAGUCCAGGACUAGGCUUAAUCUGUGUCCGGCAAACUGACCCUCUAGCCCCAUUUAUACCUGGUUCUAACUUGCGUCCUUUGUCCUGAUCUUGUCCACAUUCUGAUUGUGCCCACAUUUUUUAAUAGGUGUAGAUAAUCAAAAUCGUGAUCCAUUGUGAUCAGAUCAUCCUGCCAACCUCUGGAGGCGUUGUGUCUGGAUAUCUUACAAGUGUAGACAGAUCUGUACAGAGAGACCAUUUAAAUUGUACAUUUUCCUGUAAAAUCAUUGACCGGUGGCACCAUUGAUUGAUUACAUCAAUAUGUGUCUUACAAUAAAUAAAUACAUAUUAUUUUUAAAGAAUAACUGUGAAACAAUUUUCAUAAAGGAAGGGGCCAGGAAAUCUGGUCACAAUGCAGGCACAGUGGACGGAUAACAGACACAUUUUAAUACAAUGUGUAGACACAUUUCUGAAAUGUGGGCACAAUCAGAACGUAGACAAGAUCAGGACAAAGGACCCAUGUUAUUAGCACAAUGUAUAAAUGGGGCUUAUAUGUAAUAUCGGCACAUGUCCACUCUAUAAAAGUUAUAUUUUUGUUGUUUUUGUGACAAGUUUGACCACUCCACCCCAACUGUACAGGGUUAUCAGCUAUGUCACAAAGUAAAUAGUAUGCGUGUGAACAGUAGGUCAUCUGUUACAGUGUGGUGUCAUUAUGGUGCUAUCAUCUUGUUAGAAAAAUCUCUAAAGAGUAUUACCUAUCCAUGACAACCAUAAGACAACAGAGGUUUCUUUAUAAUUUUUCAUGUAACAGUUUAAAACAUUUUGUGCAUAUACUUUUUAUAUUUGUCUCACUAUUUUAAGUGUUACAUUAUUUAUUUUUGUAUUUUUCUUAAAGAAGGCAUUUUGGUUUUUAACAGGCAUUCCUUAUAAAAUGGGGGUAUCUUUUGAAGGUCCUGAUACUGUUUUUUUCAGCUUUUGUCUAUUAUAGUGGUGCAUUGUCAUUGAGAUUUCACACAAGUACAUUAGAUGUGAAGGAAGUUUGUUGUCAUUAUCAUCAAAUUGAUGUAUUGGUCAGGUAUUUACAAUGCUAGUUCACUCAAUUUUGCAGGCCUUACCUUGGCAUGCAAUUGUAUUCAUAAAACAAGAAAGUGUUGAUGGGCUUGGCUAAAAUGUCGUCUGUCCCUGACAAGCAGCAUAAAUAUGAUAAUAUUGUUCUUUCUCUAUUUCUCUCUUUGCAUUGAAUGUAGUUUGAAUGUAGUAUGUAUAGUGAAUUAUAAAUGUGGAGUUUAAUAUCUGCUUAUUUGACAAAAGUGCAAUUUAUACUUUGGUUGAUAUGUGCAGCAUCAGAAUGCAGAUUAAUAACAGUUACAGACAUUUAUUACCAGGACAAUAUGUUAGUCAAUUUGUUUCCCAUGAAAAGUACCACUUCACUGGCUUAGAAAAAAAUACAAAUGUUUUGAUUGACAAGUUACAUUUUUAGUUACAAACUUGUAAAUAUAGACUUUCUUGUUAUCCAUAUUUUUAAGGCUUGAUUUGAAUUGAUUUAUUGUAGCCUCAAUUGCUGUCCACAAAUCAUUUGCUCUUAAGUUGUUAGUAGCGUGAUAGAAAACAUAUAAUUUGUCUAUGAUUUGGUCUGUCUUUUACUUAGAAUCUUCGUAAGAUUUUGUACUACGAUGGUGCUGUGUCUUCAGUUACCCUACAGCUGAUUCUUCUUUGUAUCUUUGUCCAAUUAUAUAUUAUGAAGUUACACACAUUUAAAGGCUGGUAGUGGAUGGUCCCCACAUAGUUGAUACACACUUCUUUAACCCACCAAGUACCAGGCACCCACUUUUCAACACCACUUUUUUAUUUAUUUAGUGGCAAAUUUACCAGAGCCCUUUUUUCUGACAUAUAUACUGACAUUUCUUUUAACAUCCUCCUUACACUAUAGCCUAUUUCCCUCAGUGCAGUAAUGCAACCUAAUAGAAGCUGGAAAAGUAAAGAUAUAACUUCAAUUGAACAUAGUCUAAGUAUUCUAAAACGUAAAUGCAAUAGCUAAGUCCAUCUCACAGCUUUUGAAUAACUUACAUUUCAUUUCUGUUAUGUUUUUUUUCCUAUUCUGCAUUUGUAUCACUCAUUUUUUACAAGUUUGUAAAUGAAUACAAUUUGCUUUCAGAUUAUAGAUACUUCUGCACGCAUUAUUUCAAAACCAUUUCAUAUGACUGUACUGUUGGAGCCAAAUAAAUGCAGUCUUUCAAAUAA